AUCUUAUAUGACAUAUAAUUACGUGAUUCAAACGCAUUUAAUUUUCAAACAAUAGAUGAACAACCGUUAAACUAGAUCAUGUGUAUCGAUAAUACGGGUAUUUAAAGCUACACAUUUUUUGUAUUCAGUUUGUUUUUUUGUGAAACAAAAUGGAAAGCAUAAUAUCAACUGUCCUAAUUGGAAUUAUAAUCUUUCUCACCUUGUCUUACUUAUAUAUGAAGAAAGCUCAUAGUUUUUUUAAACGACUUGGCAUUUCGGGUCCUCAACCUGUGCCUUUUUUUGGAAUCUUCCCAGAAUAUAAGAAAAAGGGAAUUACAGAAUUAGAUUUAGAAUUGAUAAAUAAGUAUGGCAAUGUUGUUGGGAUUUACCAUGGACAUAAACCUGUAGUACUGGUAGCGGAUCCCGAGAUGAUUCAAGAUAUAUGCAUUACAAAAUUCAACAAGUUUAAAAAUAGGAAGGUAAAUUUAGACCUAGGACCAUUAUUAAGGAAAACAGUGGCACUCUCUGAUAAUGGUCAAUGGACGUUUUUACGAGAACAUAUAUCAGAAGUGUUCAAACCAAAUUAUUUGGAACAGAUAACAGGGAAAUUGUUACAGUCAACCGAGCACCUGAUACAUAACAUUGAAGAGAAGUUAACAGCUGAGAAUGAUUUCGACUUUCAAGAGUUAUGUUUGGCCUUUUCCGUUGACUCGCUGUGUAAUAGUUUAUUUGGAUAUAAUGUAAAUUCCUAUAAAGAAACAGAGGAUAAGACUGUCGACAUGAUAAAGAAAGGGUGGAUGGCUGGAACGGCAGGAAUAGCUAGACCUGCAGUGGCUUGUGCUGUUUGUCCAGCGAUGACAAAGUUAUUUUCUGCAUUUAGUUACAAUGCAAUCCCAGCUGAUGUCAGAAAGUAUCUGACAACCCUUGUUACAAAGAAGAUGAAAAAGAGGCACACGGAAGGGGGACGAGCCGAUUUACUGUCGUUUAUAAUGACUAGCAGUAGAAGACGUUCUAUCAUAGUAGAUAGUCAAAAUAAUUCAACAAAAUCAGCCGAACAUAUGGCUUCAGAUUACAGACUUUCAGAAACAGAGAUAGUUGCUAAUUGUUUAUUCUUUUUCCUGGCUGGGUACGAUACAACUGCUAGUACCAUAGUGUUUACGCUAUAUUGUCUGGCCAAACAUCCGGAGUGUCAAGAUAAAGUAGUAUCAGAAAUAUCAAAUAAUCUAUCGUCUGAACAUAUGUCAUAUGAUGAUAUAGAAAAUCUACUAUACUUAGACAUGGUUCUGAAUGAAUCAUUGCGUAUAUUUCCUACUUAUCUAAGGUAUGGUAGAGCAGUAGGAGAGGAUACAGUCGUUAAAGGAAUCAAAUUUCCUAAGGGAACCGAAAUUCAGUUCCCAAUAUAUGCUAUACACAGAAAUAAAGAUAACUUUCCUAAUCCUGAAAAGUUUGAUCCCAACAGAUUUAGCAAGGAAAACGUCUCUAAACGUCAUCCAAUGUCUUUCAUACCUUUUGGUGCUGGCCCGAGAGAUUGUUUUGGACAAUCGUAUGCUAAACUUGCAGUAAAAUUCGCUGUUGUGUCUUUGAUUCAGAAAUAUAAGUUUUCACUUAGCUCAAAACAGAAUGAUCCUCCAACUUUAGCAAAGACGUUUUAUUUGAGACCAGAAAAUGGGUUGUGGCUCACUGUUGAUAAAAGACCAGCUGAAAUAUAAACUUAGAAAUAGUGUAAAUCCAUAUUACUGAACUAUGUAUGAAUUGCUUUACAAGUAAUAUUAAUUAUGUAAAUUCAUAUUAGUGUAUGAAUUACUUUACAAGUACAAUUAAUUGUGUAAAUUCAUAGUAAUGUACUAUGUAUGAAUUACUUUACAAGUAAUAGUAAUAAUGUAAAUUCAUAUUAGUGUACUAUAUAUGAAUUACUUUACAAAAGGGUAAUGCUAUGUAAAGCAAGUUUCCUGAGAAAACUGCACACAUUGUAUAUAUAUGUAUGUUUGUAUAAAUUUAAUUGAGACGGCUGGAAUAUAAAUACAUGCAAUCAUAUCAAAGACAAUCAUCUUCAUUAUGAUUCAUAGUUUUUACAUUAAAAACAAUUGUUCAUUAAAAUAUUUUGAGAAUU